UGACCAUGUGCCGGGGGAAGGAGGAGACAAGCAGAAAGAGCCAUAGAGGGGCAGAGUGAGGGAGGAGUGUAUCCUCAGAGAGUUCCGCUCAGUUUGGAUUUGAAAACAAACCGCCUCGGUCUCCGCCGUCACGUUUGUGUCCAGCUUUUCACAACCGCAUGAAGCAGUAAGGAAAUGGCUCCUUAAAAGCCAGCGCCAACUUGGCUUUGGGCGCGCUUCUGACGGGCGGCAUGCAGCCGAAACACAGCGAGGAGGGCUUUCCUCCAUCUGUCCGUGCGUCAAAGGAAACCCGGUGCGGCGUGAGGGGAAAGGAGAGCGCGCACAAGAGUCGAGGAGUAGCGGAGUGUCCGGGGGAGGAGGAGGAAGGGGACGAUUAGGGGAGAACAACCAGAAAGAAGAAAGGCUGAACCCCACCACGACUGCAAACAUGAGUUUGCCGACUAACUGUGUGUAUCUGGCCCCCUCGUUCCAGGACCGCUACUUCAAAAUGCGCAACGGGAAUAUCUGCGGGUCACCGUGCGCCGUCAAUCGACCCAUCGAUAUUGUGCAGAAACGAAGACGUUUUGAUGUGGAGAAUGGCCUCUCAGUGGGUCGCAGUCCCCUGGACGCUCAGACCAGUCCCGGGUCAGGCCUGGUCCUCCAGUCCAAUGUCCCACACAGUCAGCGUCGUGAGUCCUUCCUCUACCGCUCCGACUCGGAUUAUGACCUCUCGCCCAAAACCAUGUCGCGCAACUCAUCGACCGCCAGCGACUUGGAGGACGGAUUGAAGCAAUGCGAAGUCAGUUGGAUACCUCGGCACGGAGAAGACAUGAUAGUUACUCCAUUUGCACAGAUUCUUGCCAGUCUACGCACAGUGAGAAGUAACUUCGCUGUUCUUACACAUUUGCAAGACCGCGUGGGAAACAAGUGGCCGCCAAGCAGCAACCAGCCGCCUCUGUGCAAACCAUGCCACUCAGAGGAGCCUUAUCAAAAACUAGCAAUGGAGACUCUGGAAGAGCUGGACUGGUGUCUGGACCAGUUGGAGACGCUCCAGACGAGACACUCGGUCAGCGAGAUGGCUUCUAAUAAGUUUAAGAGGAUGCUAAACCGAGAACUGACUCAACUAUCAGAGACCAGUCGCUCAGGGAAUCAGGUGUCCGAAUUCAUCGCCAAUACCUUUUUAGAGAAACAACAUGAUGUGGAGAUCUUGUCUCCACCGCCAAAGGAGAAGGAAAAGAAGAAGAGGCCCAUGUCACAGAUCAUCGGUGUGAAAAAGACCCUACCGAGCCCCAGCCUCGCAUCUACUUCCAUCCCUCGUUUUGGAGUCAACACCCCACAGGAGAAUCUGCUGGCCAGCGAGAUUGAGGACCUUAACCGUUGGGGUCUGGAUAUAUUCAAGAUAGCGGAACUAUCUGGAAACCGCCCUUUGACGGUCCUCAUGUACUCCAUCUUCCAGGAGCGAGAGCUUUUAAAAACCUUUAAAAUCCCAAUGAACACCUUUGUCACCUUCAUGGUGACGUUAGAGGACCAUUACCGUGCUGAUGUGGCGUACCACAACAACAUCCACGCCGCUGACGUGGUGCAGUCCACACACGUGCUGCUCUCCACUCCGGCUCUAGAGGCUGUCUUUACAGAUUUAGAGAUCAUGGCUGUUUUGUUUGCCAGUGCCAUCCACGAUGUUGACCACCCAGGGGUCACUAACCAGUUCCUAAUAAACACAAGUUCUGAGCUGGCGUUGAUGUACAACGAUGCCUCAGUGCUAGAGAACCAUCACCUUGCUGUGGGCUUCAAACUGCUUCAAGGGGCCGACUGUGACAUCUUCCAGAACCUCAGCAAGAAACAGCGAGAUUCCCUCCGCAAGAUGGUGAUCGACAUGGUGCUGGCCACAGAUAUGUCCAAACAUAUGAACUUCUUGGCGGACAUGAAGACAAUGGUGGAGACCAAGAAAGUUACCAGCUUGGGAGUUCUGCUUCUUGACAACUAUUCAGACCGAAUCCAGGUUCUCCAGAACAUGGUUCAUUGUGCCGACCUCAGCAACCCAACCAAGCCUCUGGAAAUGUACCGACAGUGGACAGACCGCAUCAUGGUGGAGUUCUUCACACAGGGAGACAGAGAGCGGGACAAGGGAAUGGAAAUCAGUCCCAUGUGCGACAAACACAAUGCCUCCAUUGAGAAGAGCCAGGUGGGCUUCAUCGACUACGUCGUGCACCCUCUGUGGGAGACAUGGGCAGACCUGGUGCACCCUGAUGCUCAGGACAUCCUGGACACCCUAGAGGACAACAGGGAGUGGUACCAGAGCAUGAUCCCUCGUAGCCCCUCGCCCUCCAGCCCGGAGCCGUCUCACACCGACGUCAGACCAGGGGGCACCGCGGUGGGGCCCAACCCCGCAACGGGGCUCAGCGGGGACAAGUUCCAGUUUGAACUCACGCUGGAGGAAGAAGAGGAAGAUGAGGAGUUGGACUCGGACCUGGAAAGUCCGCCGGACGACGACCUCCCGUUGAGGGCGGAGCGGCACCAGGACUCGCCGUCCCCUUCCGCGUCCCCGGAUGCCGGCAGCAGGUACCGCCCCCCUUCGCCUCGCCCGUUGUGGGCCUUAAUGGGACACGAGUCUGACGUCGCCGAGCGGCCACCCUCGUAGAGCCUUGAAGGGCGCACAACAACCAGCACAACCUGCCCUGCCCAUGAGACACAGCAGCUUGGGAGGAAGGCAGGGUGGGCCCCAACCUACCAAGAAAGUCUGUAAAAUCACCACAGUUCCUUUACACUGGAGACAGCCUCUCUGUAGACGGAGGGACGAUCGCCCUCUUUUUUUCUUUUUCCCACAUUCGCCUCUCUUCGGGUGCCUAAAGUCUUUAUUUGCCACCAUGCUUUAGGAGCGUGUCCACUGCAAUCGAAGCGUAAAGAAGGAAGAAGUUACGUGACACUCUUCCAGAACAAAAGGUAACAAACGUCUUCCUCCUAAAUAACCCACAUGUGGACAUGAGUGAGUUGUGUGCGACAGGGUCUUGGAAAUGACUUUUUUUCAUUUUUAAACAUUUUAACUGAGCAGCGAGAGAAUCAACGGACCUAGACCUCAGGGUAUGAAAAGUCAAAAGGGAAUGUAGCGUGGAUGUCCUCCCCCGUUUGAUUUACCUCCAGAGACCAACAAGUUAGUCUCGGCAUUGAAUUAAAACCCUUUAAAUUAGGCACGGAAAGCAAUCACGUUUAUCAUCAAACCAGCUUGUAGCACCGCACAGAUUGAGCACUCAAGAAGACACUACCUGUAUCGAAGCUUUGGGGGUUUUUUUAUACCUGAGAUUUAUUUAAAUGGCGUCCUUGUUUCAAACGUAUGUGUUUUAUCACUUCUUCCUUGUACAUUUGCUGGUCUUGUCUUGUGUUUAUGUGCUUGAAAAGCAUUUUUUUGAUCCUUAUCAGGGUGCCUCCAGUCCGCAGUAGCACUUUACCAUUUCUGUCACUCGGCUCUUUUUAACGUGUUCCAAAGGGCUUCACCCACUGGCGGCCUGCACAUCGUAAACACAAACCAGUUACCUGAAGGCGGGCAGGAAAAUAAAUACCCAUUUGGAAUGUAACAAAUUAGUAAAACUUCUUUUUUGAGGACCUAAAAACUCUUUCAGCAUUUCACCAUUUCCGCAUUUUAUGUUAUAGCCUUAAAUACAUUUUUGUCCUCAAAAUUCUGCACACAAUACCACAUGAAUGACAAUUUUAAGUUUUUUAAAUUGUUUUUAUUUUGCAAAUGUCGUAAAAAUAACUAAAUCACAUGUACAAUAAGUAUUCACAGCCUUUGCAAAAUACUUUGUUGACGAGGAAGAGGAAUGGGCCAAACUGCCCAAAGAUAGGUGUGCCAAGCUUGAAAAUUAAAAAAACAUUUUGUGGCUGUAACUGGGCUUCACGGUGGCAGAGGGGUUAGUGCGUUUGCCUCACAAUACGAAGGUCCUGAGUAGUCAGGGUUCAAUCCCAGGCUCGGGAUCUUUCUGUGUGGAGUUUGCAUGUCCUCCCCGUGAAUGCGUGGCUUCCCUCCGGGUACUCCGGCUUCCUCCCACUUCCAAAGACAUGCACCUGGGGAUAGGUUGAUUGGCAACACUAAAUUGGCCCUAGUGUGUGAAUGUGAGUGUGAAUGUUGUCUGUCUAUCUGCGUUGGCCCUGUGAUGAGGUGGCGACUUGUCCAGGGUGUACCUGCCUUCCGCCCGAUUGUAGCUGAGAUAGGCACCAGCACCCCCCGUGUUCCCAGUGGAAAUAAGCGGUAGAAAAGGAAUGGAUGGAUGUGGCUGUAACUGCUGACAAAGGUGCAUCAAAGUAUUUAGCGAGGGCUGUGAAUUAUUCUGUACAUUUCAUUUUUUUAAUAAAUUUGCCAAUUAAAAAAAAAAAACCUUUUCACAUUGUGGGGUACUAUCUGUAGAAUUUUAAGGACAAAAAUUAAAUUAUUCCACUUUGGAAUAAGGCUGCAACAUAAAAUGCAGGAAAAAGUAAAGCGCUGUGAAUACUUUCUGGAUGCACUGUAAUCAGUGUUUUCCCACUGGACUUCUAUCCAUUUGUGGCAGAAAGUGAGCAACAAAAAAAAAAAAAACAUGAAAAGCAAAACAAAUAUGCUUAAAAAUACAAUUGAUACGUUCCUUCUGUCACUAUUUGUAUGUCACAAGCAGCCCAGCGCUGCCUCUUAGAGCUUUUAGAUGAAAGGCAGGACCCACAUCACCUGUUGCUCGCUGAAAAGAGCGAUACGUGCUUACAUGGCAGCCUGCUCAAGUCCCCAAAAAGACAAUCUAGAUCACGGGUGUCAAGGUCAUUAACAUUGAGGGCCACGUUCAGGUAUGGCUGCUGAAAACAGUGAAAAAAAUAAAAAAAAAAUAUAUAUAUGCAGCUGAGAUGGGCUCCAGCGACCCCAAAAGGGACAAGCGGUAGAAAAUAUAUAUAUAUAAGGUUUCCCACACAUUAAUUUAUUUGUGGCGGCCCGCCACGAAAGAAUUACGGCCGCCACAAAUAAAAAAAAAUUAAAAAUAAAAAAUAUAUUUUUUUUUUCGGCUUUUGACUUGCUCGACCGCUCAUAAAAGCAAUGGGAUUCUGUCUGUGAAUGGAGCUUUUAGUUACAUAUUAUAUAAAUAUUAUAUAAAUAUGUACAUAAAGUGUAAAUAUAUUCCAACUCCGCGUUCUUCUUGGUCAUCGCCGCCGCUGCUGCCACCAAUUCCCCUCCCGCCGCCUGACCACACCACCGCAAAUAGAUGCCUUACCUGUGGGAAACACACAUAUAUAUAUAUAUAUGUAUAUAUAUAUAUAUAUAUAUAUAUGAGGUGGCGACUUGUCCAGGGUGUACCCCGCCUUCCGCCCGAUUGUAGCUGAGAUAGGCGCCAGCGACCCCGAAAGGGAAUAAGCGGUAGAAAAUGGAUGGAUGGAUGGAUAUAUAUAUAUAUAUAUAUACAGAUAUAUACACAUGUAUACAUACACAUACAUUUAGUAAAGGAGUGGCAGGGAGGGGGGGGGGGGGUACUUUGACAUGUUUUUCAGGCUAUAUAAAUGUUGUGACAUGCCAGAUUUGGCCCUGAGUUUGACACCUGUGAUCUAGAGGGAUCUGAUUGCUCGCUAGAUAUGGAUUAGCAACACUGCUCACAUUCCUGCUCGGAUUAUUAAGAAGCGGCUUUAAGAUAGAUAGCGCCACCUACAAUACAAGCUACUCAUUAUGUGCUUUUGAGUAACGGCGGAUAUUAAGCACCAAAUCUAAUAAUGGAGCUCCAGAUGUAUUUGUGGCGGAUCACAUCAAAUAAAUGCAUGUACUGUAUUCUUAUUCCCUACCGUAUGUAUAAAUGGAAUAAAUAAUGACUAGAAGUCCUUGCACAUAAUAAAUGAACUUCCAUUCAUUCCAGUGAAUAGUUUAUUGUACUAUAUAAAAGUAGUUUUGUGCAUACGCGAGCUAUUUAUAGAUGGGACCCUAGGUGUGUUAGGAAGCAGAGUUAUGUCAUCUACUGUAUGACAUUAAGGUCACAGACAGUCCCAUUAUAAUGUGGUAAUGGGCUCGAACGAACAGGUAGCCCAACCCGCCACAAAUACAUUUAGGACACCACAAUUAGAUAAAAUAAUUAAUAAAUGUACAGAAAACACUGUUAGAAAUCAGGUACUAAUUAUCCUCAUCCUGAGUCGUAACUUGCUUGUGGAAGUGUGUAGCAUGGUUGAUUCUGCUUUUUGGAUUUUUGAAGCCAGAGCUCUUCACAAAUGUAGUGAAAAUGUGUGUAGUUCCGCACAGAAAAACAGAAAUAUCCUUAAAAUUAUUUAUUUAAAGUAAGACACAUUCAAGGACAGUUUAGUUUUCCGUGCUUGUCUUUGGCUUUGAACCCUAUCAGUUCAAAUCUCAAAUCAAUGCAGUUGAACACUUCUGUAAUUCAUUCCAGCAUUAAUAUUAUCUACAACAAUCAUUCCAUCAACAUUUGAAGCAAUGCGAGUCAAACAUGAAAACUAAAGUGAAAAGAACUAUGAUUUGUUUCAUUAUUUAAAAGUAGAUUAUCUUCUCUAUAUACCCAUCUAUACAUACAUACCGUUUUAUUGAAAAAUAUUUUUAAAUAUUUUUACUACAUUUUAAAAUAAUUAAUCUACAGAUGUCCGAUAAUAUCAGACUGCCGAUAUUAUCGGCCGAUAAAUGCUUUAAAAUGUGAUAUCGGAAAUGAUCCGUAUCCGUUAAAAAAAGUAAAAUUCAUGACUUUUUAAAACGCCGCUGUUUAUACGGACGUAGGGAGAAGUACAGAGUGCCAAUAAACCUUAAAGGCACUGCCUUUGCAUGUUGGCCCAAUCACGUAUCUACAGCUUUUCACACACACAAAUGAAUGCAAUCAUACUUGGUCAACAGCCAUACAGGUCACACUGAGGGUGGCUGUAUAAGCAACUUUAACACUGUUACAAAUAUGCGCCACACUGUGAACCCACAACAAACAAGAAUGACAAACACAUUUCGGGAGAGCAUCCGCACCGUAACACAAAAGAACAAAUACCCAGAAUCCCUUGCAGCACUAACUCUUCUGGGACGCUACAAUAUACACCAACUCUGCCCACCUCAACCUCCUCAUGCUCUCUCAGGGAGAGCUUGUCCCAAAAUCCUAGCUGCUGUUUUGAGGCAUGUUAAAAAAUAUAAUGCACUUUGUGACUUCAAUAAUAAAUAUGGCAGUGCCAUGUUGGCAUUUUUUCCCAUAACUGGAGUUGAUUAAUUUUGGAAAACCUUAUUAUAUUGUUUAAUGCAUCCAGCAGGGCAUCACAACAAAAUUAGGUAUAAUAAUGUGUUAAUUCCACAACUGUAUAUAUCGGUAUCGGUUGAUAUCGGAAUUGGUAAUUAAGAGUUGGACAAAAUCGGAAUAUCAGAUACCUCUAAAUAAAACAAAUUAUAUAUCAUAAUUUUCCCACUUUAUCAUGCUGAUAGAGGGAUUUUUCUGAAUAACAAAGGUGUAUGCUUGACUGAAUUACAGAAGUUAAAAUAAGGGCAUAUUGCACUUUUUUUUUUAUACCCUUGGCAUUUUCUUAAACAUAUAUUUAUUAUUCGAUAUUACACUAAUGAUUUGCUACAUCAACUCCAAGACGAGCUAAGAUGUGAAACUGCUGCGUAGGAUUGGUUUUAGCGUAGAACGGGGGUGUCCAAAGUGUGGCCAAGUGGACAUUUGGGGCCCACAGCAUGUGAAAUAAAAUCAAAACUAAAACGCCAAAAUGUAAGCCAAAAAGACAAUUUAAUGAGAAAAGGCUGAACUUUUGAUACAAAUAUGAAUUUGCUUUGUUACUUAAUACUACUUGACCUACUCAGUGGCCUGGUGGUUAGAGUGUCCGCCCUGAGAUCGGUAGGUUGUGAGUUCAAACCCCGGCCAAGUCAUACCAAAGACUAUAAAAAUGGGACCCAUUACCUCCCUGCUUGGCACUCAGCAUUAAGGGUUGGAAUUGGGGGUUAAAUCACCAUAAAUGAUUCCCGGGCGUGGCACUGCUGCUGCCCACUACUCCCCUCACCUCCCAGGGGGUGGAACAAGGGGAUGGGUCAAAAGCAGAGGACAAAUUUCACCACACCUGGUGUGUGUGAGACAAUCAUUGGUAUUUUAACUUACAACACAAACCUGACACAAUAUAAAAAUAUCAAAUUGGCCCCUGCUUGCUUUGACUUUACAGUAAGCGGUUGUUUGUGGAAAAAGUCAGGACACCCCUGCUCGGAACAUCAAAAUGGUGGAUUUUUUUUUCUAUAUGCGGACCUUUGUAGAAUAAAACUUGGAAUUCCCUUAAAUUACUUUAAAGACAUUUUUCAAUGACUUAAAAUCUAAGUGUUUGCAAAUGACCCAUAAGCCAUUAACCAGUGCCUUUAUUAAAAAAAAAUACAUGUGGUUCAGAAGCCACAGGUCAUAUAGCAUUGGUUCUUAACCAUGGUGCAGGUACCAAAACCCACCACUUUCAAAUGCACAUUCUCCGAACCCUUCUUUAGUCAAAAAUUAAAAAAAAUAUUUUUUUCAAAUUCAAGACAAAAUAUAUGUUUUUGGUAACAGUUUAGUAUGUUGGGGAACAUAUUCUAAGUACCAAAGACUUAAGGGGAACAUUAUCACAAUUUCAGAAGGGUUAAAACCAAUAAAAAUCAGUUCCCAGUGGCUUAUUUUUUUCCCCUAAGUUUUUUCAAAAUUUUACCCAUCAUGGAAUAUCCCGAAAAAAGGCUUUAAAGUGCCUGAUUUUCGCUAUCUGUAAAUCCACCCGUCCAUUUUCCUGUGACGUCACAUAGUGACGCGAAUACAAACAAACAUGGCGGAUAACACAGCAAGAUAUAGCGACAUUAGCUCGGAUUCAGACUCGGAUUUCAGCGGCUUAAGCGAUUCAACAGAUUACGCAUGUAUUGAAACAGAUGGUUGGAGUGUGGAGGCAGAUAGCAAAAAUUAAAUUGAAGAACAAAACUGAAGCUAUUGAAGCUAUUCGGCGAUCGCCUUCUAACCAACGAUUGCAUCUUUUGACCACUGGAGCAACUUAAAUUGGUCGAUUGGUAAGUGUUUGUUUGGCAUUAAAUGUAGGUGCAGGGAAAGGCUUGAUGCAAAUAUAGCUACAAAUGUACAUACAGCUUGCCUAAGUAACAUGUUAGCCAAUAUGUCUGAUUAGCACAUAAGUCAAUAACAUCAACAAAACUCACCUUUGUGAUUUCGUUGACUUUAUCGUUGGAAAUGCAUCUGCUUUGAGUGUCGCAGGAUAUCCACACAUCUCUGUGCCUUCGCUAUCAUCGGUAAAAUGUGCAGAACAAACGAGGGACUUUCGCAUCUUUUGACACUGGUGCAACUUAAAUCCGUCGAUUGGUAUGUGUUUGUUUGGCAUUAAAUGUGGGUGGAGGGAAAGGCUGGAUGCAAAUAUAGCUACAAAUGAGGCAUAACGAUGCAAUAUGUACAUACAGCUAGCCUAAAUAGCAUGUUAGCAUUGAUUAGCAUGCCGUGCUAAUCGAUGCAUACUCCACGUAAAUCAACUUGAAUUCGUCCCAGGUUGGGGUUUACACCCUCUGACAACACACCGACGAGGCAUAAUGUCUCCAAGGUACGGAUAACAGUCGAAAAAACGGAAAAUAACAGCUGAUUUGACUUGUGUGUGUAAUGUGUUUGAGAAAAUGGCGGAUUGCUUCCCAUUGGUAUGUCACGGGUGAGAGGUCAUCGCUCCAACAGCGAACAUUUAAAAGGUGUUUGGAUUGCCAAAUUCACCCUUUUAGAGUUCGGAAAUCUGGUAAAAAAAACAUAUGGUCUUUUUUCUGCAACAUCAAGGUAUAUAUUGACGCUUACAUAGGUCUGGUGAUAAUGUUCCCCUUUAAUUUAGUUAUUUGGUUAGGCUUAUAAUAAGGCAUUAAUAAGAACUUAAUAAUGACUCGUAAAGAGCCAGUAUGUUACUAAUUUACAUGUCAAUAAGCAACUAAUUAAUGGUGAAUAUGUUCCCCAAACUAAAGUGUUACCAUGUUUUUACUGGUGCACAAAAUGAACCGUGCAUGAAUAUCACCUUGUUCAAACAACAAAACCUACACAGUGCAUAAACUCACAACAAAUUACAAUCCUGCAAAUCAGUUUGACUUCUGUUGUUGCCAUAUCCGUAAUACGCCGAUAGGGAGAAGUUUUUAUUUACACGAUGAGUUGGGUGUGUCUUCACCUCCACCGAACCCCUGAGCCCGACUCACCGAACCCCUAGGCCUAGAGUUCCAUCGAACCCAGGUUAAGAACCACUGUUGUAUAGUUUAUGGUUUAAUAAUGCAGGCCUUUAAAGACUUGGAGAUUUCCUGCCCGGCCCAAAAGGUAGACUUGGGGAGAAAAAAUAAAUAAAAGCACAGUUUUGAAUGUUGCUGAAAGAAAUGACUUAAUUCAACCAGUAAAUCUUGUUAGUAAAGUGCUUGACUGGGAUAACUGUGUGCCAUUAGUGUUAAACACACCUGCCAGCCAACAAUGCUACAUUUUUACACUACAGAUUCUAAUGAUUGCAUUUAUAGCGAUAGUUUUUAACAAAGAACGCAACUGACAUUUUAUUACAUUUUGUUCUAAUCCCAUAGCGUCCGUGUGCGUCUCAUCCAGACCAGUAUCUGUGGCCAGCACACAAGUAGAAAGACUAGGAAGUGACACAUUUUAAUGCACUUCCUGCUGGUAGAAAAUAAGUUUGAUUGAUCUGCCUUAUAUUUAGAUGGCACCUGAUGUUUAAAGACCAUUGUACUGAUUUGGUCCAAAAAUACCACAAUGGUUCUUAACAAGGAAAACAUCAUUGCCAAAGAAAAAAAAAAGUAUUACAAUAUAUGUGCAACAUGAUUGUGUCCCUGCUCCCGCUUACUUCCUGUUUUGAGCUGUCAUCAUUCUUGUCAAUCAUGUCGUGCCAACUUCUUGAAAGCUAUUUAUUCGUACGCGUCUGUCCAGGACAAAGUACUGUAUAAAAAAAAUUAAUAAAAGAAGAAAAGAAGUAUGUUCCGGAGCCUAUGAAGAUCAAAUAUACUUGACAAGUAUAACAGUAGAUCUGCCACUCCGACUGCUUUCACGUUUUAAAAACCAAAUGAUUUUCGGGAGUUCAGGGUGUUUUAUGUGGGGGGGGGGAAUGCUAAUAAAUUAUAUGGAAAUUGA